AUGUCAGCAGCUCGAUCAGCCGUCAAGGCUUUACCAAGGCAUCUUGCCCGCCGCUCCCUCGCUCUCCACUCCCUCGCAUCGCGGCCCCUCGCUCCCCUCGCCACCCCCUCCGUGUCAAGCAGAAGAUGGGGCGGCUCCCUCCCCGAUCGCUCUUCCAAAUUCACCAAGCUCACGCCUGAUCACAUCAAGGCUAUUAGGGAGCUUCUCUCCUCCCCCGGCUCCCUGAUAUCCACGCUGGAUAACUCGGCCUCACCCGAGGAUCUCGCGGGCUUCAAUAAUGAUUGGAUGGGCAAAUACUUUGGGAAAUCGCCAGUGGUGGUGAAGCCCAAAACACCAGAGGAGAUCGGGAAGGUCAUGAAGUACUGCUAUGACAAUGACAUCGCCGUCGUGCCCCAAGGAGGGAACACCGGAUUAGUCGGCGGCUCCACACCUAUACACGACGAGCUCAUUCUAUCCACCGCCAAUCUUUCAUCAGUCCGAUCUUUCGACCCGGUAUCAGGCAUCCUCGUCGCCGACGCCGGAGCUAUUCUCGAGACCGUGGACCACUAUCUUGCCGAGAAAGGCUUCAUCUUCCCUCUCGAUCUCGGUGCAAAGGGAUCAUGUCAUAUCGGCGGAAACGUAGCGACGAAUGCUGGUGGACUGCGGUUGCUGAGAUAUGGGAGUCUGCACGGGUCGGUGCUAGGAUUGGAGGCGGUCCUGCCGGACGGUACUGUAUGGGAUGGGCUGAGUACACUGAGGAAGGACAACACCGGAUUUGACCUGAAGCAGCUGUUCAUUGGCUCAGAAGGAACGAUCGGUAUCAUCACUGCUGUUUCUAUCCUCUGCCCGCGGAGACCAACAGCUAUGAACGUGGCUGUCUUCUCCCUGCCGAGCUACGAGGCGGUACAGAAGGUUUACGCAGAGGCGAAAUCACAUCUUGGCGAGAUCCUGUCCGCAUUCGAGUUCUUUGACAAGCAGGGCUUCGCAUUGUCCAGCAAGCACAUCGAGGAGAUCCACGGAAGCGAGCGGAAAAUCUUCGAGACCGAGGGAGACUUCUACUGUCUGAUAGAGACGGGAGGCAGUAAUGCCGAGCACGACGAGGCUAAACUUUCCGGCCUGCUCGAACACCUCAUGUCGAACGAGAUGGUCCUCGACGGAGUCCUCGCUCAGGACCAGACCCAAUUUGCAUCGCUCUGGUCACUCCGAGAACUGCUCCCCGAGGCAUGCGGCAAAGCCGGCUCGGUGUACAAGUACGAUUUGAGUGUACCGGUCGGCAAGAUGUACGGGCUGGUUGAGAAGAUGCGGAAGCGGUUGAGGGACGAGGGGUUGUUGGUGGGUGAUGGGCAGAAGGAGGGGCCGAUCCGGGCUUGCGUCGGGUACGGGCAUAUGGGUGAUGGUAACCUGCACAUCAACAUUGUCGCCAACAAGUACUCGGAGGAGAUAGAAAAGGUCAUCGAGCCAUACGUGUACGAGAUCGUCGCUGCUGAGAACGGAUCCAUCUCAGCCGAGCACGGUCUAGGGGUCAUGAAGGCCCCCUACGUCAGCUACUCGAAGAACCAGACUUCGAUUGACAUGAUGCGCAAAAUCAAGCAGCUGUUUGACCCCAAGGGGCUGUUGAAUCCGUACAAGUAUAUACAGUAG